AUGGAUUAACAUUAAGAUUAAAAAGAAGAAACUUUAGCCACUCCCGGUGUCCUUGAUAAAUAUCAAGCUGCAGGAAAAGUAGCAAAUCAUGUAUUAUAACAAUUACUUGAAAAAAUAAUGCCAGGAGCCAAAAUAGUUGAAAUAUGUGAUUUUGGAGAUAAACUUAUAGAUUCUGAACUGGCUAAAUAAUUCACUAAAAAAAAACUCUAAAAAGGGCCUGCAUUCCCUACUUGUAUUUCCGUAAACGAAAUAUGUGGACAUUAUUCCCCUUUAAUUUCAGAUUCCGAAGACAAAGAAAAAGAUUAAUCUUUACUAAAAGAAGGUGAUGUAGUUAAGAUUGAUUUAGGUGCCCAAAUAGACGGAUUCAUCGCUUUAGCAGCCCAUACAGUCGUAUGUAGAAGCGAAAAAAAAUAAAAAGUCCAAGGAAGAAAAGCUGAUGUAGUAUUAGCUGCAUAUAAUGCUUUAUAGGCCUGUUUACGUACAUUAAAGCCAGGAAAUAAUAACAAUUAAACAUCCGAAAUAAUCCAAAAAGUAGUUGAUUAAUACAAAUGUAAUCCUUUAGAAGGUGUAUUAAGCCAUGAAUUGAAAAAAUACAUGAUAGACGGUAAUAACUGCAUUAUAAAUAAAGACACAUAUGACCAAAAAGUAGAUUUGCAUGAAUAUAACGUAAAUGAAGUUUACGCUUUGGACAUUAUCGUAUCUACAGGAGAUGGUAAACCUAAAGAAACUGAAUUUAGAACUACUGUAUAUAAAAGAGCUUUAGAAAAUUCAUAUAAUCUCAAAACUAAACAUGGAAGAGCUUUUUUCCAUACUCUAAUUGAAAAAUAUCCUGCUUUAUGCUUCUCUAUGAGAAAUUUUGAAGAUGAAAUUUCAACUAAAUUAGGAGUUGCGGAAUGCUUAAAACAUGAUUUGUUGAAUUCUUAUCCUGUUUUAACAGAAAAAAAAGGAGAUUUUGUUGCUUAAUUUAAAUACACUGUUGCAAUUAUGCCAAAAUAAAUAUUAACUAUUUGUGGAUUGGGAUUAGAUAUAGAAAAUUAUUUGGGGGAUAACUAAAUAACAGAUGAAACUAUAAAAACAUUGUUAGAAACACCAAUUACAAAAAAAAAAUGAAAAUUAUUUUUAUUUUCUUAUAUAUAUAAAAUUAUUAUUAUAUUUUAUUAAAAUAUAUAUAUAAAUAUAUAUUUUAUUUAA